UUUGAGAAAAAGGCAAGUGGCAAUCCAAAAUAGUAGUCCGUAGAAGAUAUUACUAGGAAAAGAUCUUCGUUUCAACUUUGAACUUCCAUUUCCAAGUAUAGACCGAGCUCUCGAAGCUAUUUUGGUUAUGCCCACAUUUUAGGGUUCCUCUGAGCAGCCGAAACUCUCUCAUUUCUUGCCCGUACGAGAGAUAGAGUAUGGUCUACUGCUGUUAGUGAGGUUAAGUGCAUAAGAUUUUGGACAAGUUAUUGAAUUUUGAGAACUCGGGUUGUAGCAAUGGUGUGGUUUAGAGCUGGAUCUAAUGUGGCAAAGCUUGCCCUUAGGAGAGCUUUGUCACAUGGUGGGUCACAUGUUCCGGGAACUCGUAUUCUCCCUUCUCAAAGUCGGUACUUUCACACCACAGUUGUUCGGUCAAAGGCACAAUCUGCUCCUGUGCCACGGCCUGUGCCACUUUCUAAGCUGACGGAUAGUUUCUUAGAUGGGACAAGUAGUGUGUACCUUGAGGAGCUUCAGCGGGCAUGGGAACAAGACCCAAAUAGUGUUGAUGAGUCAUGGGAUAAUUUCUUCAGGAAUUUUGUUGGCCAGGCAACUACAUCUCCUGGGAUCUCUGGCCAAACAAUUCAGGAAAGCAUGCGGCUCUUGUUGCUUGUAAGGGCUUAUCAGGUCAAUGGUCACAUGAAAGCCAAGUUGGACCCUUUGGAUUUAGAAGAGAGAGUGAUUCCUGAAGAUUUGGACCCUGCUUGUUAUGGAUUUACUGAAGCUGAUCUUGAUCGUGAAUUCUUCCUUGGCGUUUGGAGAAUGUCUGGUUUCUUGUCUGAGAACCGUCCAGUGCAGACCUUGAGAUCAAUUUUGACCCGACUUGAGCAGGCUUACUGUGGAAGAAUUGGUUUUGAAUAUAUGCACAUUCCUGAUCGGGAAAAAUGUAAUUGGUUGAGGGAGCGGGUUGAAACACCAAUACCUAUGGAAUACAACCGCCAGAGGCGUGAGGUUAUUCUUGACCGGUUGAUGUGGAGCACUCAGUUUGAGAACUUCUUGGCCACCAAAUGGGUGGCUGCCAAGAGAUUCGGGCUGGAAGGCUGUGAAACCUUGAUUCCUGGUAUGAAGGAAAUGUUUGACAGGGCAGCUGAUCUAGGAGUGGAGAGUAUAGUUAUAGGUAUGUCUCACAGAGGAAGACUAAACGUUCUGGGUAAUGUUGUCCGUAAGCCUCUCCGCCAGAUUUUUAAUGAAUUUAGUGGCGGUACAAAACCCGUGAAUGAUGCUGGUUAUGUGGGAACCGGUGAUGUGAAGUACCACUUAGGCACAUCUUACGAUCGGCCAACUCGAGGAGGGAAGAGAAUUCAUCUUUCGCUGGUUGCAAACCCGAGUCAUUUGGAAGCUGUGGACCCAGUUGUGAUCGGGAAAACUAGAGCAAAACAAUAUUAUAAUAACGAUGUGGAUAGGACAAAGAAUAUGGGUGUUCUGAUUCAUGGCGAUGGUAGCUUUGCAGGGCAAGGAGUUGUUUAUGAAACAUUGCAUCUUAGCGCUCUUCCAAACUACAGUGUUGGUGGCACCAUACACAUUGUAGUUAACAAUCAAGUGGCCUUCACUACUGAUCCGAGCUCUGGAAGAUCUUCUCAGUAUUGUACUGAUGUUGCCAAGGCCUUGGAUGCUCCGAUUUUCCAUGUCAAUGGUGAUGAUGUUGAAGCUGUUGUACAUGCCUGUGAGCUUGCUGCAGAGUGGCGCCAGACAUUCCACUCAGAUGUUGUGGUCGAUAUAGUUUGUUAUCGUCGAUUUGGGCAUAAUGAAAUUGAUGAACCAUCCUUUACUCAACCCAAAAUGUAUCAGGUCAUCAAGAAUCAUCCUUCUUCGAUGGAGAUCUAUCAGAAGAAACUUUUGGAAUCUGGUCAUGUUACAAAAGAAGAUAUUGAGAAGAUACAGAAUAAAGUCAAUACUAUACUUAAUGAAGAGUUUGUUGCUAGCAAAGACUAUGUUCCUCAAAAACGAGACUGGCUCUCAGCAUUUUGGUUAGGAUUCAAGUCUCCUGAACAGCUUUCCCGAAUCAGAAAUACUGGUGUCAAGCCCGAGAUAUUGACAAAUGUUGGCAAAGCAAUCACAACCCUUCCAGAAAGUUUUAAGCCUCACAGAGCAAUAAAAAGAAUUUUUGAUGAGCGGCGAAAGAUGAUUGAGACUGGUGAGGGCAUUGACUGGGCAGUAGCAGAAGCACUUGCAUUUGCAACAUUGCUGGUGGAAGGUAAUCAUGUCAGGUUGAGUGGUCAGGACGUUGAAAGGGGUACUUUCAGUCACAGACAUGCUGUUCUCCAUGAUCAGGAGACAGGACAGCAGUAUUGUCCUCUGGAUCACAUUAUGAAGGACCAAAAUGAAGAAAUGUUUACUGUCAGCAACAGCUCUCUUUCAGAGUUUGGUGUUCUAGGAUUUGAAUUAGGUUAUUCAAUGGAAAAUCCAAAUUCACUUAUACUUUGGGAAGCCCAAUUUGGUGAUUUUGCCAACGGAGCCGAGGUGAUAUUUGACCAGUUUUUGAGCAGUGGGGAGGCCAAGUGGUUGCGCCAGACGGGGUUAGUUGUGCUUCUACCUCAUGGCUAUGAUGGUCAGGGUCCUGAACAUUCGAGUGCACGCCUCGAGCGUUUUCUUCAGAUGAGUGCUGAUAACCCCUAUGUUAUCCCCGAGAUGGACCCAACUCUUCGGAAACAGAUUCAAGAAUGCAAUUGGCAGGUGGUGAAUGUAACUACUCCCGCAAAUUACUUCCACGUACUCCGACGACAAAUCCACAGGGAUUUCCGUAAACCUCUGAUCGUGAUGGCGCCAAAGAGUUUGCUUCGGCAUAAGGAAUGCAAGUCAAACCUAUCCGAGUUUGACGAUGUCCAAGGCCACCCCGGUUUUGAUAAACAAGGCACCAGGUUUAAGCGCCUCAUAAAAGAUCAGAAUUUUCAUUCGGAUCGCGAAGAGGGUAUUAGACGCUUGGUUCUUUGCUCAGGAAAGAUCUAUUACGAGCUCGAUGAAGAGAGGAGAAGGGUCGAUGGCAAGGAUGUUGCUAUCUGUAGGGUGGAACAGCUCUGUCCUUUCCCAUACGACCUCGUCCAGCGUGAAUUGAAACGCUAUCCAAAUGCGGAGGUUGUUUGGUGCCAGGAAGAGCCCAUGAACAUGGGCGCAUUCCAUUACGUUGCACCACGCCUUUGUACUGCAAUGAAGGCAGUUGGGAGGGGCAAUAUGGACGACAUCAAAUAUGUUGGCCGUCUCUCUUCAGCUUCAACUGCUACUGGUUUCCUACAGGUUCACAUCAAAGAACAGGCCGGGCUCGUCCAGAAAGCCUUGCAGCCAAACCCAAUUGACUUCCCGUGAUGAACCCGAUGCUCUGGCGAUCGCUCGAGGGGAGACUCGCAAUAGACUUCUGUUGAAAGUUAUCGUUUUUGCUCUCAGAUGAUAUUUUGUAUGCAUCAUCUUGUCUUUGCAAUUUUGACAUGAGUCACACUCAGGUGUGAUGUCUCCUUCUCUGAUGUUGGACCUGGUGAUUUACUUGUUACAACUUACAACUGUAUAAAAUAAUUAGGAAUUUCUAUAGCUAUUGUGCUACACGAGGAUGUUAAAGCUAGUAGCAUGAAUCAGGAGGUUACAUGUUUGAUUUUUGUCAACGGUUUUU